GAGGCGAAUAUUUUGGCCAUAUAUGUUAUCUGCUAAAGGCACACACAUGCACACCAGCCAUUCACCCCCGGCACAACAAGAGGCCGCACAAAACCCUCCUCUCUGAUUCUCCAAAGCGGCGGCGCGGCGGGCAUGGACGGUGCCGGCAUGGCGACACCGCCGGAGGCCAACACGUCGCCCGCGCCCAACGGCGGCGGCUGCGGCGGGAUCAGGGUCGAGAAUUGCUACGUCUUCAAGAGCAGGCUGCAGGAGUACGCGCAGAAAGCCGGCCUCAUGACGCCGGAGUACCAAACCCUCAAGGAGGGGCCUUCCCAUGAGCCAAUCUUCAAGUCCAGCGUGGUGAUUAACAACGUCAAGUACGACUCGCUGCCCGGGUUCUUCAGCCGCAAGGCUGCAGAGCAGUCGGCCGCCGAAGUUGCGCUCAUGGAAAUCGGCAAGUCUGUGGCGUUACCAACCAAUGCAACCAUCCCGGCAGUCCAAGAAACUGGUCUGUGCAAGAAUCUUCUUCAGGAGUAUGCUCAGAAGAUGAAUUAUGCUAUUCCAUCUUAUAUUUGCAACAAACAAGGUCCAUACAUAUGCACCGUAGAGAUUGGUGGAAUACAAUACAUUGGUGCUACAGCACGGACAAAGAAAGAGGCAGAGAUAAAAGCUGCCCGAACUGCUCUUCUUGCAAUCCAAGUUGCAGGCCAAUCAGAGGGUUGUGCAAAUGGUACCACAAAAUAUAUUGUUGUGCCUGGCAAAAGGCAAGCUAAGGAGAUCGAGAAAAAGCCUGUUGAAACUCCAAAAUCACUUAAGACCAAGAAAGGUGGUUUUAAGAAGCAACGGAACAAGAAUAAAUUCAUCAAGAAGAAUGGCCAAGUUAACGAGGAAAAGGAUGAGACUGGAGUGCCUGGAGAUGCUCAUCAUUCAGAUGUCCCUAUGAAGCCAGCUGUAACAACAGAAGAUCCAUUGACCAACACUGAAAUGAUACAACCUGAUGAAGCUUGGCCAAUCGAACAUGAACCGACCGGUGACACUGCAAUGCUGCAACCUGAUGAAGACGCUUGGCCAUCCAAACAUGAACCGACCGGUGACACUGCAAUGCUGCAACCUGAUGGCGAAGCUACAAAAGUGGAACAGGAGCAACUCAGUGACACAGCAAUGCUGCAACCUGAUGAUGAAGGUGGAAGAGUAGAACAUGAGCAACUCAGCAACGCUCCAAUGGUGCUACAUAAUGAGGAAGCUAGAAAUGUAAAGCAGGAAGCACUCAUUGGCACUGCAAUGCCCCAACCUCACGUGGAAGACAGAAGAGUGGGAGCAGAGCCACCUAGAGAUGCUGCAAUGGUGCAAUCUAAUGAUGAAGCUAGAUGCGUAAAGCAGGAGCUACUAAUUGACGCUGCAAUGCCUCUCCCCAAUGAGGAGGCCGGAGCAGCUGCAAAUCCUGUGCCAUUGAGUGACUCCAUAACAACACAACCUAAUGCAGAGACUACAAAUAUAAAUGAGUCACUGAGGAAUGCAGCAUCAGUGCAACAUAAUGAAGAAGCUAGGACCGUAAACCAGGAGCCACCCAGCAGUGCUUCACUGCUGCAACUCAAGGAACCCAGAGUCGAGAACGGUGAAUUUGUUUCUGAAAACAAGGGCCAAACUCUGGGAGAUGCAUCUCGUGAGGCAAAUAGGUCCAACGAAGAUGUGCCAGAAAAGUGCUCAGAUAAUUCAUCUGCUGUUACAAGUGUGGAAUGAUAUGUGCUGUUUGAAUCAAAAUGCAAUGGCCUUCCAGUUUUACAUCUUGAUUUGCAAACUAGUAAAACCUGAAUAGCUGGCUUUGCAUUUUAGAAAUAUAAUUGCAUAACAGAUGGGCGUACCGGCCGAGGUCGGUUGGUGCUCCAUGUUGGCCAUUAGUUAUUAGGAAAUUUGCAUGAUGAUGUAUCUCAAGUUGCUUAUCUGAUCAAUGAACUAUUAGUGAACUAUUAUUAAUUAAUAGUUGGUGUUUGUUAUUAUCA